GGCCGGGCCGGGCGGCCGCGCACCCCGCGGGCAGCGGCCGGCGGGCAGCCAGCCGCCGGUCACGUGACGGAACCGCACCGCACCGCACCGCUCCGCACGGUGCUGCGGAGCCGGGACCGCCGCUUCUCCCUCCCCCCGCGCCUCCGCCUCCCCGCCCUCCUCCCUGCCCGCGGGACACGGGAGCCGGUGACGGGAGCGAGGCGGAGUCUGGAGGGAAGAUACCGAGAGAUAGAGAUUUAAAUCACAUCCCCGGCUGUAGAAGGGCAGCAGCAGCAGCAGCCCCGGCGCAGAGGCACGGACGCACGCGCCGAGACAGGUCUCCCGGCUCCGUCGCCGCCGCUGCUGCUGCUGCUCACCAUGGGUGCCGCCGCCGCCGAGCCCCCCCGCGCCAUGGGCCUGGUGUCCAGCGUGGUGAACGACACCCUCGAGUUCUACCGCUGGACCUGGAGCAUCCGAGACAAACGUGUUGAUGAUUGGCCCUUGAUGCAGUCUCCAUUUCCAACAUUGACUAUAAGCACUAUUUAUCUCCUCACUGUCUGGCUGGGUCCCAAAUGGAUGAAGACAAGAGAGCCCUUCCAGUUACGUUUCCUGUUGGUUGUUUACAACUUCGGAAUGGUUCUACUCAACUUCUUCAUUUUCAAAGAGCUGUUUUUGUCAUCAAGAGCUCGAGGGUACAGCUAUGUCUGCCAGACUGUGGAUUAUUCAGAUAAUGUUUAUGAAGUUAGGAUAGCUGCUGCUUUAUGGUGGUAUUAUGUUUCUAAAGGAAUUGAGUAUUUGGAUACAGUAUUCUUCAUCCUGAGGAAGAAAUUUAACCAAAUUAGCUUUCUUCAUGUCUAUCACCAUUUCACCAUGUUCACCUUGUGGUGGAUUGGUAUUAAGUGGGUUGCAGGUGGACAAGCUUUUUUUGGAGCUCAGAUGAAUGCAUUUAUUCAUGUCAUUAUGUACAUGUAUUACGGAUUAGCUGCCUGUGGCCCUAAAUUUCAGAAAUACCUGUGGUGGAAACGAUACUUGACCAUAUUGCAAUUGGUGCAGUUCCAUGUGACUAUUGGCCACACAGCCUUGUCUAUUUAUAUUGAUUGUCCUUUCCCUAAAUGGAUGCACUGGGGUGUAAUUUUCUAUGCUGUCACCUUCAUUUUCCUGUUUGGUAACUUCUACUAUCGGACAUAUAAGCUGCCCAAGGAACCUGUAAAGAAUGGCAAAAUAGCAAAUGGUGCUGUUGCAAAUGGAGUAAGCAAACGAGAAGAAAAUGCAGUAAUGGAAAAUGGAAAAAAGCAGAAAAAGGGAAAAGCAAAAGGAGAGUAACUUGAUCCAGGCCUUAACCAUUGUUGGCAGUGAGGAACCUCCAGUUUGGUUUAUAAAAGGAAGAAAAAACCACUAUCUGUACCAAUUAACCUUAGGUUACUGAAGAGCUAGAACAGAGAUAUUUUCAUUAUUUAUGAAGAUUGUUUUAAGAACAACACGAAAGUUGAAUUUCUAUUGUAAUUAUGUAAUUAUCAUGCAUAUGGUCUCUGUGUAAACUUGUAGACUGCUGGUGUUGGUGAAUGUAAGGAAGAAUUGCAGUUGAUUCCAUAUUUAGCAGUCCAAAAGUUAAUACUACCAUUGAUACAGGCAGUUCUGUUGGCACCCACAUUUCUUUGCGGGAGGGAGGGGGAGGAAGUAGUAUUUGGAUACUUGUGUUUUCUUUCCAGAAAAUUAUUAAAUUUCAAAUUAUGACACAUUAUCUAAUCAAAAUGUGCAACUUUUCUUGUCCUCCUUGGAGAGUAUUUUCAGACACAUUAUGUUUAUGUGCUGUCAGAACAGUGUUUGACUUUUCGGACAUUACUUGAUUUAACUGAGUGUCUGUUACAGGUUUUUUUUGUUUUGGUUUCGUUUUUUUUUUUGUUUGUUUGUUUUUGGUUUUGUUUUGUUUUGUUUUCUUGUGUGGAAAUAUACCUACCUCUUCAUCCGCUGAAAAGAAUAUUGAGCAUUAAACAAGUGGUUUCUGAAAGAUGGAGUCCUCUAAUAUAAAUAUCCUUUAACACUAAUUCAGGAGAAAAUAUGAUUUCCUGUGGGAGUAAAAGGGAUUUGGGUCAGGAUUUUGUGGUCAAGUCAUCAAUAACCUUUUUUGGUGUAAACUUAAAUUUUGGAGUGGUACUUUUAGUACAGCUAAGUGGAAAAAAAAAUGUUUUAAGAAUGUAUAAAUAUGAAAAAAUACAUUGUUUGAAGCAAGCAGUGAAAGUAGGCCUGCUGCUUGUUGUCCGUGACCUACAUUAAACCUGCGGUGCUGAUUGAUACUGAAAAUGGUAAAGUAUUAUGGUGGAGAGAAAACAACGAUAUGUAAUUCCAUUUAGAAAUACUGCAUGUAUGGGUAGUCAUGCUAACUACAAGACAGUCACUUUAAUUGGAGAGAGAAUUCAGUUUAAAAGUACUAAAUACAGAAAAUAUAAAAUGUUGAAAAUGCUGCUACUGCUUGAUACCCAUCAAAACUCUAUUUGUUUAGACACUUGCAGACAAUGUAUUGCUAGUAGUCAGGCUGCCAUUUUAAUGUGAAUGUCAGAGAUGGGCUUCUGAAACUAUUUCCAAAAUAUUCUCAGCUCUUUUCAACCUAAUUGACAAAGUUUUUCUGCUAAACAUUUUUUAGUCAAAAAUGCUGAAAGAAGUAGAAGCCUUUUAGUUGGCUUUUCAUCUUACAUGAUAUAUUAAUGGACUUCUUACUGCUCCUUUUGUGAAGAAAAUAUGGAAAGAGUUCUUUUCCUUCCAAAUAAUGUGAUUGAGAGAUGUUUUGAGCUGCUCAGCAUGCAAUGAGCAUAAAACAGGGGUAGAAUUAGAAACCAUCUCCUGAACUGCCAUGUUUCUUGUUCAUCACUGCAAGAGCUGAGUUGUUGCUGUCUAAAUGCAUUCUUCCCAGCUCUGGUCAAAAACAUAUUCAUAGUUAGUGACAAACUUGCAUCCAGCAAGUGACACCAUUGUUGCAGGAAAAAGGUACACGGAGCUGUAGGUGUAAAGUGUGUGACACGUUUCAUAGUCUUUGCAUCUCAAUUAUCCAUUUGUCUGUUUAUAUGUAAAUAGGUCACAUCUUCUGUGUCUCAGGUUUGUCUCUUGUCUCUACACUAAAAACUGUCUAAACCCAGAAAAGAGUUCCUAGGAAGAAAAAGGGUUGGACUAGUCUCUUGUAUUCAGAAAUAACUCCUCAUGCUGGAGUCGAUUCAUCUGGAAGGUAGUUCAUCCAUAAUCUCCGCCACUGUGGAUUUUAUGGCAGAAUUCAGGAUUGUGAAAGAAUGUCUCUGCUGAACUGUAUUGCAUGUGACCAUUAAGUUUCCUAUCUGCUGUGUCUUGUGAUUCUUCCAGCCUUUGUACUGAUGCUUUUUGCAUUUGCGUAACUCAGUGUAUUUAAUGUAGUGUGGCAUGGGGAAGAGGGAUAGUGGUCUACCCUUUCUUCUUGGACAAAUGUCACUACCCUUACCCAAGCCAAAAUGCUGGCUCACUGAGUAACUCUGGGAUGGCUAAAGAAACAAAUAACUACAAAGCAAGCUCACAGAUUUACAGCACACCUGCUACUCCAAGGUAAUGGCUGGUGUGAAUACACUUACCCUACUGUAAAUUCAAGGUAGCUUACCCCACUUCGAUUAAAGGGUAGCUUCUUUCUAUUUGCCCUGGGAUGUGGGCAGCUAACAUAAAUCUGUAUUGUUCCUUGCACUGUGUUAAAUUGGUUGUUCGCUCUGUCUUUCUUUCAGUAAGCCAGGUCAGAUAAACUGAUACUUUUAAUGUGAUCUAGUUCUGAAAGAGCAUACUGAGAAGUAUUCCAGUACAGGUUCAAUUAUGUCUUUGCUACACUUUGUAAAGUAAGAAUUACUUACUUGUUGCAUGUUGGCAAAUAUUUAAAUAGCUGAAAGUCAAAUCUCUACCCUCAUCAUGCAUGGAAGCUGCUUAAAGUUGAUAACAACUUGAAACUUAUUGGCAGGACUUGAGUAGAAUCCUACCCUCAAACUCUGGGGCACUUGGUAACUUUAAAGACAAAAAAUGAAACAACGUUAUUAAAUUGCUGGAACACUGCUGUUUUGAGUCCAUCAUCUGCAACACGGCUUUCCUCGGUCUAUUUAUGAUAUAUUUGAUUGUUCAUGUGACGUGAGUCCCAUUAUGAUCUUCAAUAUAAUGGCCUUACUAAAUGUGCAUUUUUGUAGGCAUGGUCUUGAGUGCAAUACUUCUGUUUCUGACUAUACAGCCAGACUCACAGAAUGCAGGGCUGAACUUGUACAGCUUUUUCUUUUUCAGAAUUUGAGGCAGUGAUGCCUGAAUAUAUGAGGUACUGCCAGAUUCAUUAAAGUCAUCCUUGAGUCCAAGGCACCUCAGAAUUUUGCCAUGAGAAUAGAAUAUAUGUAUAAAUGUGUGUUUGCUAUACAGAGAACUGAACUUUCAGUUAUAAAAUCUACUUUGCAUGGUAUUUUUAAAUUUUUUUUUUUUUAUAUAAAUGCUUCCAAUUUAUUUAAAAGUGAAAUUCAAACCAUUUGGAACUUUUCUUUUUUUGCCAAUGAAAAGUACUUUUUUUCUGAAGCUCUUGGACCAAAGUCUCAUAAUUAUUUGAUGCCAUAUAAGUGAUACCAUUUCAUUUAGCUUCAUCUCUAGCAGUGACAGGUGUUGGAUUCUUCUAGCACUUUGUUAAUGUAAAAUAAAUACAAAUUAUCUAUAUAAGUGUGUAUAUAUAUGUGUACACAUACAUUGUGUGUGUGUAUAUAUAUAUAUAUGGGUUCUUAGCAAGUUCUUUCAAUAUAUGAAGUAAAUUAUAUUUCUUUAAUGUGAAGUUGGCAGGAGAUAAUAGAACAGUUCCUACAGCUCAAGCAGUAAAAUGAAGCAGUUUUCAUUGAUCCAUAGAUCCAAUAUCAGUCUUGCAGACAUUAAUAGUAUUUGUCAGUCAUUUUAGAGAUAGGAUGUCAGGAAAGCCAGAGCCAUUUCUCCCAGUGUAAUAAAUAUUUUGAGACAUCAGUUGUAGAUUCUGAGGCAAGGGACCUCAACUCAGAGGAUCUGAGGAAUUACGCUGUUUAAUAGUAGGGAUCAGUUUAGGAAACAGUAUGAGUAACUUGCUCCAGGAAGGUUUUUGAAGUCGCUGCAAUCAAAUUCUCAGCUUAAAAAAGCAUUUUAAAAAUAAAUAAAUAAAUGUUUCUCUGUAGGUUUGAAAGCAAGGCUUAUUUGAUUAUAUGACCAUUAACUACUUCCAGCUCCAGAUCAAAGAUGAAGGCAAAAUAAAUAUGCUGCACAUUUUUUUUUUUUUUUUUUUUUUCAGGUUAACCUUAGGGCACUUGACCUCUGUGUGCUGGGGAGGCAGGUAAGGAAGGAGAGAAUAGCUAUUGUGCUGAAAAGUCUCAUUCCUAAAUAACUUUUGAGCACACUUGCUAUCUCUUAAAAACUUGAGUAAAAUUGUUUAUGGUGCAUAAAUUUAAACUUUGCAUGAAGUUAGUGUGGGAUGAGGGUCAUAAUAUUUAAACACAUGUUUAAAAUUAGAUCUGUUCAGUAAAAGAGAAUGGGUAGCUUAUUAAGUAUCUGGAUAUAAUGUAUUUAUCUUGGCUAGAAGUACGGACUAAUCCAAUUUGGCACCUAAAGCAAGUCACCUAUAUGACAUCUCAUUGUGCUGCGGUCUGAUGAGUUGGCCUCUUUGCUAACGUAAGCAGUUGGAGCUCCGUGGAAAUCUGUGGGGUGGUUCCCUUUUACCUCAGCAGAGCACAUUUAACCCUAAAGAACAGAGAAAAUACUUGCUUUCUGCCAAUAUCCAAGGUGGAUGAGGAAAAUGUAUGGUUCAGGAUGCUGCUUUUUGCAUAAGGUAUUCAUGCUUUUGUAAACAAUAAAAAUAAACAUUACUUUUUUCAUGCUG